AGAGAGAGAGAGAGAGCCUAAUAGUCUAAUAGAUAUAGGUAGCAGAGUCAGAGGCUCUAACUCACAGCUCAGCCUCUCACAACUCCUUGAACCCAAUCUCCACAUUUCGUCGAGAACACACGCUAUACUUCUCUCUCUCUCUCUCUCAUCUUUCUUCUUAAACCUCAAAUCUUCUUCUUCUUCUUCUCUCUCUAACCUCAUUCCAAUUUUUACGCUACAGCGUAUUGCUGUGUGUGUGUGUGUGUGUGAAUUUUGCUGCUUUAGCUGAAGGAGGAGGAGGAGAAAGAGCAAUGGAGUCGACGGAGUCUUCUUACGUUUCGUCGCCGGAGGCACCGCGGAAGAGAUCUCCUCCGCCACCUAAGUCACCGACAUCAGAUUCAAUGGAAAAGCCCACAUAUAUCAGGUUUCUUGUAUCAAAUGCUGCAGCUGGAUCUGUUAUUGGAAAGGGUGGCUCUACAAUCACUGAUUUUCAGUCACAAUCUGGAGCACGAAUUCAGUUGUCACGCAAUCAAGAAUUUUUUCCAGGGACAACUGAUAGGAUUAUUAUGAUAUCUGGAGCAAUUAAUGAAACACUCAAGGCUGUUGAACUGGUUCUUGCCAAAUUGCUGAGUGAGAUUCAUGCUGAAGAAGGCGAUGAUGUUGAGCCAAGAACAAAAGUGAGACUUAUUGUUCCAAAUAGCUCAUGUGGUGGCAUUAUUGGGAAGGCGGGUUCCACCAUCAAGUCCUUUAUUGAAGAAUCACAAGCUGGCAUUAAGAUAUCUCCUCAGGAUAAUAAUUAUUAUGGGUUGAAUGAUAGGCUGGUGACGGUUACAGGAACUCUAGAUGAACAGAUGCGGGCUAUUGAUUUAAUUCUUUCUAAGCUAGCUGAAGACCCUCAUUACUCCCAGUCUAUGAAUGCUCCGUUUUCAUAUCCAGGUGUUUACUUCUCCGGUUUUCAUGGUAUGCCAUAUACACAUGUGCUUCCUUCUGUUGCAACAGUAGCCCAUAACUCAAUGAACUAUGGACCAAAUGGAGCUGGAGGGAAGUUUCAGAACAACAAGGAGGAUCGAAGUAACUCAGUGACCAUUGGCGUUGCAGAUGGUCAUAUCGGGUUGGUUGUUGGCCGUGGUGGAAGAACCAUAAUGGAAAUCAGUCAGGUUAGUGGGGCCAGAAUAAAGAUAUCGGAUAGAGGUGAUUUUAUGUCUGGAACAUCUGAUAGGAAAGUUACAAUCACGGGGUCACAAAGAGCAAUCCGUGCAGCUGAGUCCAUGAUAAUGCAGAAAGUGGCCUAUGCUUCUGAGAGGGUGAUGGAGUAGUUUUCAAAUGUUUCCAUUCAAAUUUCUCGUUAAGAAUAUUUUGGUGACGCUACCUGCAAUUUCCUUAUAGAUAUGGUCAUUUUUUAAAAAUGCAUCCACAUUCGUUCUCACAUGAUGAUAUAAGUUGGGAGAGAUCUGCAUACUUUGGUAGGGGCAAGAGCGGAAAUUUCCUUUUUGUUGAGAGAGAUUAUUGUAAUAGGGAUUUGUAUGAGAUUAUAGAUUAUUUUUCCCAAAGAAAAUGUUGGAAAAAGCCAUUGUUGAUUGACCAUAUAGAAUUGUUAGCUUUAUUUAUUACUCUGUUCACAGUUGUAAUAUCUAAAUUAUCAGGUAUUAUGUCUGACCUAUAUCUUCAUUGGAUAUUGAGUUUUAACAUUUGAAGAUUUUUCUAAUGGAGCAUUUCCGCUGCAA